AUGGCCUCAACAGUGAAGCAGAGGGCCUCAACAGCUCCUAGUGAAGCAGAGGGCCUCAACAGUGGAGCAGAGGGCCUCAACAGUGGAGCAGAGGGCCUCAACAGUGGAGCAGAGGGCCUCAACAGUGGAGCAGAGGGCCUCAACAGUGAAGCAGAGGGCCUCAACAGUGGAGCAGAGGGCCUCAACAUGGAGCAGAGGGCCUCAACAGUGGAGCAGAGGGCCUCAACAGUGGAGCAGAGGGCCUCAACAGUGAAGCAGAGGGCCUCAACAGUGGAGCAGAGGGCCUCAACAGUGGAGCAGAGGGCCUCAACAGUGAAGCAGAGGGCCUCAACAGCUCCUAGUGAAGCAGAGGGCCUCAACAGUGGAGCAGAGGGCCUCAACAGUGGAGCAGAGGGCCUCAACAGUGGAGCAGAGGGCCUCAACAGUGGAGCAGAGGGCCUCAACAGUGGAGCAGAGGGCCUCAACAGUGAAGCAGAGGGCCUCAACAGUGGAGCAGAGGGCCUCAACAGUGGAGCAGAGGGCCUCAACAGCUCCUAUGAAGCAGAGGGCCUCAACAGUGGAGCAGAGGGCCUCAACAGUGGAGCAGAGGGCCUCAACAGUGGAGCAGAGGGCCUCAACAGUGAAGCAGAGGGCCUCAACAGUGGAGCAGAGGGCCUCAACAGUGAAGCAGAGGGCCUCAACAGCUCCUAG